AUGAACGGACUCGAAAUUCCUCCGUCGCUGGUCGACAGCAAGAUCAAUGCCCCCGAGCACGAGGAGGUCGAGACCACCGAAGACAGGUGUGAGGGUGAAGAUGAGGAAGACGAAGACUAG